UUUUUUUUACCUCAGCAGCUAACAAAAAACAAAUUUAACGUAAUUUUUUUAAUUUAAUUCACCUUGGACAAAACAGUCUAGAUAGAAUUAACCCGUACAAGUUUUACGUCAUUCUAAAAAUAAGUAAUGAAAACCUAUGCUGCUGUCACAAUAAUUUCAAAAAUUUCCGGGCUGGACUAAACCCACAAAGGUUCAAGAUCCUAAAAACGCCCCUGGUUUUAGUUAAAAAUGGAAAUAUAAUUUAGGGAGAAUGGAUUCUAUAUAUUCAUGCUUCAAAACACAAAAACAAAUUUCUUGUUAAAGCCGUUCAGCUGCAACACUACUACUUAACGGUCAUUUAUUUUUUAGGGUGGGGCGUCUUUAAACGUCUCUGUACAACCGAAACCUCAUUUCGCUGCAGCCAUCUUGCCCGGUGCAUACAGUGUGAAUAAACUCUGAAAUUUGAACAUUAAGCUUGUAGCAAACCAGGGUAUUUAUCUACCAAAGGCCACUGGGUUUAAUUAUGAAAAGAGUUAUUUGCAGCUUAAGACCAAAUACGCUUCCAAGGGCGAAACAUUCGAUGAAAACAUAUCGCCCCGGUGAGAUGUUGUACCGUCUUCCACUUCUCCUGGAAUGACAGCUGAAGCCAUUGGUACCGCCUUUUAGCAGACGGAGCAGCCAAUCACAGCUCAGAGAGCUCCCCGGUCGGUGGACUUUCGGCUGUUGUGCGCAGGCGCACGUCAGUUAGUAAGUACCUCACUUUUCACAAGCUCGCAGGAUUGCGAAGAUGGCGGUUGGCCCCAGUCUGUUGGAUGAACUCUUUUCACAGACAGGGGUGAAUAAAGCGGUAGUUUGCCAUCCUCCACGGUCUGUAGAGUCACAACUGUCCUUGUUUAACAGCAAACAUUUGGGUAGGCACGAGGCAGGCAGUAAUUACAUGGUUAUAGUUCCGGGACGGGGGGGUAGCUCGAGCUAAUGUCCAGCUGGGACUUGGUCAAGACCGUUGCUGAAGCAGGUACGCUGUAACUACUAAUGUUGUUUUCGUUAUUUGUUCUCUGAGAACAAAGGAGAAGCAAGCGCCGGAGUUGGCAGAGAAAAGCAGCAGACGUGCAGUUGUCUUCCCUCAUCACAUCCGAGCGUGUGUUGCUCCCUGUUAAACUAGUUGAAGUGUAGAGGGGGUCUCCGCUUAACGAGUUCCCAAUGGUUCAGCUAUGGACGCAUCGACGGCCAACACCGACACCAAAACGGGACACGAGCCGGAAAAACCACUUGUUGUCAGUGACGGUAUAAGUUUCCCCUCCAAUCACCCGGGGAAAGCGGGCUCAUACUCUGUGCAGACUUUUAAUGGGAGCCAAACUAUGAACUCUCACAAUUCAGGAAGCGUUGCCCCUCUGGAGGGGAACACAGCGACAAGUGGCACUGGUAACAGCAACAACAGCGGCGGCACUGUGAUAUCAGCCGCGGUUCUGAGCACCGGAACAGUCCUGUCAAAGGAGCUCGCCGGCGCUUCAUUGCCCCCGUCGUUAAACAGUGUCAUUCAGACGUCACUAGUGAAUUCAGACGGUGGUUCUGCUGCGAGUCAAGCAGCAGGACCCACAGUGACACUUGUCAGGCCGCCUAUGCAAACAGCCGGUUCGGGCACAACUUUGAACGGGAGCAAUACUGCAAGCCCCGCCGUGGCUGCUACUGCAAAAAAUCAGACGGGUAUUGGCACACAAAAUCCGCUGGUAAACAAUGGUCAGCCCGGCACCUCUGCGUCCGUCAGUGGAGGUUCUCACAUCAUUAAAGCAGAGCCACCAACGACGAUAAUCCAGUCAGCACCGCAGCCUGCUUCUGCCGCUGCCACCCCCAGCUCCAUCAGUGCUCCUCGACCCCCUGGCAUGACAGCUGCAGGUGCACCCGGGAUCACGUCCCAGAUGCUGGCUCCGAGACUCCCACAGACCUCUCCGGGACAGCCCAGUGUGCACAACAUCCAGCUACCUCCGGGUAUGGUGCUUGUACGCAGCGAAAGUGGGCAACUUUUGAUGAUUCCUCAACAGGCUCUGGCCCAAAUGCAAGCGCAGGCUCAGGGAGCCAUGGCCCCUCGGACAACUACGCCAACAAAUGUGUCUGCAGGCCAGGCUCCUGGAACCACAAUUAUUAGUAGACAAGUAUCUCCGAGCACCAUCAUCCGACCAGGCUGUCCGGCCCCAGCAUCCCUCGCUGCGACUACUGCUCUUCAAAGACCUCCUAUCCUACCGAGCUCCAUUGGGUCCACAGUACCAGGAAUAGCCCCUAGAGCGCUCACUUCUACAGCUGGAACCACAGUUACCUCAGUAACUGUGAGCAAAGAGACAAUGGAGAAUGUAAAGAAAUGCAAGAACUUCCUGUCUACACUGAUCAAGCUGGCAUCCAGCGGGAAGCAGUCCACAGAGACUGCAGCCACUGUGAGAGAGUUGGUCAAAGACCUGCUUGAAAGCAAGCUGGAAGCUGAAGAAUUCACCAGCAGAUUGUACAAAGAGCUAAAUUCCUCCCCCCAACCAUACCUUGUGCCUUUUCUGAAGAGAAGCCUCCCAGCUUUGAGGCAGCUCACCCCAGACUCGGCAGCUUUCAUCCAGCAGAGUCGGCUUCCUCAGCCAGCCUCAGUUGCGGUCUCCUCUGCCUUAGCCAACUCCACCACAGUGGUUCUGGGCAGCCCUGCUCCUCGUGUCACAGCACCAGGCAAUCGGUCCCAACUUCAGCCAACAGUUAACCAACAGACAGCGUCACUGGUUCUCCAGCCUCAGCAGCAAAGAGCGAUUUUGAGACCUCAGGUAAGUUUACCAACCUCCCCCAUGAUGGCUGUACGGAACCCGUCCCCAGGUCGCAUGGUGGUGGGACAACAGCAGGUGCAGCUUAAAGAGCUGCAACCAGUUCCACUGAGACCUGAGGUGACACUUGUUUCCAAACAAGUCUCUGCUGUUGCCUUGACACAGGCACAGAAGAACAAGCUCAAAGAAGCGGGUGGCACUUUCAAAGAUGAUGAUGAUAUUAAUGACGUGGCCUCAAUGGCGGGAGUAAACCUCUCUGAGGAGAGUGCUAAUAUCCUGGCUACUAACUCUGGACUUGUUGGCGCAGUGACACAUUCCUGUAAGGACGAGGCUUUUCUCUCCUCCGCCUUGCUGCAGAGGAGAAUGCUGGAGAUAGGAAUGAGGUAUGGAGUAACGGAUCUGGGCGCGGAGGUGGUGAAUUACGUCUCCCAUGCUACUCAGCAGCGACUUCUGAACUUACUUGAAAAAGUCUCCCAAGUAGCCCAGCAGAAAAAUGUCAACUUUAAGGAGGAUGACAGCUAUGAGCAGAGCAGCGAUGUUCGAGCCCAGCUGAGGUUCUUUGAGCAGCUCGACCAGAUGGAGAAACAGCGGAAGGAAGAGCAGGAGAGGGAGAUCCUGCUGAAGGCAGCUAAGUCUCGAGCUCGGCAAGAGGAUCCAGAGCAGCUGCGUCUGAAACAGAAGGCAAAAGAGAUGCAGCAGCAGGAGCUGGCUCAGAUGAGACAGAGGGAAGCCAACCUGACUGCUUUGGCAGCCAUUGGCCCCAGGAAAAAGAGGAAGAAUCUCGGCUCUCCCUCAUCUGCUUCAGCUGAGGGAUCCGGAACAGGCUCCUCUCUGACUGGUGCUGCCGGCUCCUCAGGCUCCAGACCAACUCGGCAGCGCAUCACGCGUGUCAAUCUCAGGGACCUGCUCUUCUGCCUGGAGGAUGAGAGAUUUACCAGUCACUCUCAUUUCCUCUACAAGGGCUUUCUCAAAUAGGCUUGAUGUUGGAGAGAGAGAGGACAACGAGAGGGCAAAGAGCACGCUGUGCGUGAAGAGACCAAACGCUCCCACUAGAAAAGACUCCUUUAGGUAACGAAGAGGAAAUAAUGUGUUUGGUGCAUUUAAUGUUUCUUUAGAUCCACCUGCUAUCAUAAAAUACAAUCGUAGCCAUACUGGAAGGCCUUUCUACCUCUCUCCUCAAAUGCCUCUUUUCCUUCGGAGCAGUCGUCGACUGAUGCCCCUUUAUUUACCCUGCUCAACCUCUUUUUCAAGAUGGUGCAAAAAUGAAACAUGUUUUAUGAAGAAGGUUUUAUUUUGUGUGAACAAAAGACAAUGUACAAUUGUGCACUGUAUUAUAGUUUGGUUUAUUUUCUGAAUAUUUGUUUGCAAGCUAGGCUUUAAAACUAUGGAAAUCUCGUUUUAUUAGACAACAAAUUAGUUUAGGUCUUUUUUUGGGUGAUUUCAUACUGGUUUUUGUUGUUGAUUUAGUUUGAACUCCAAACUGUAACCUGCUGAGUUGCCUUCCUAACUAUGAAUAAGCCAUACCAUUCUCACACAAUUAAUCCUGCUGUAAGUCAUGCAGCGGCAGCUCACUCUGUCAUCUCCAUUACCCUGCAGCAUAUUUUUUGAUCAUAUUUAUUUACUAAAAUCAAAUUUAAAUUAAUAUUUAGCUAUUUAUUUAUUAUGUGACACUUCAAGUGUGUCAUAUUGCUUAAAGCUGAAAGAAAAUGCAUUUUAUCCACAAUGGGAUAACUUUGAAAUGGCAUUUUAGAUUUUAGUGCCUAAAAGAGAGGUGUUCUUUAUUUGAAUCUUUCCUUUACAAAAGAUUUAAACUUACUAACUUCUAAAGCUAAUAGUUUUUUAAGGCUUCUAACCUCUGUUGCUAUACCAAACUUGCAUCUACAUGAAACUCUAUUUUUGUAGCCUCCCAACACACAUUUUUACCCUUCUAAUGGUGACUGACAGCGAUGAUGUCCUAUUACUUCUUUGGUGUGCUAUUGGACAGCCCUUUAGGUCUUCAGGGUGUCUGAUUUAAGAAACUGGAGUUUUUUUCUGUAUAUUUGUAAAUGUUUCAUCCAAAGUUUAACGAACAGUUUUGUAUAGAAUUGAAAAUUUAUGCAUACUGCAUCAAGAAAAUCUAAAUUUCACUAUUGAAAAGUUUGAAUAAAUGAUUUUACAUAUUUCA